AUGACGACAGUAGAACCCGCGCAGAACGGAUCGGCACCAGCAGUCCCCACGACUCUGGUGUCGUCAUUGCCCUACGAGCAAGUGACGGUCGCCCCCCUGGUGCUGCUUUCGGUAGUGGACCAUUACAACCGAAUCGCCAUGAACACAAAAAAGCGGGUGGUCGGCGUGCUUCUGGGCGACAACACCGGCAACACGAUCCGAGUCACCAACUCGUACGCCAUUCCCUUUGAGGAAGACGACAAGCAGCCCGACGUGUGGUUUCUGGACCACAACUUUGUGGAGAACAUGGGCGACAUGUUCAAGAAGAUCAACGCCAAGGAAAAGCUCAUUGGAUGGUACCACUCGGGUCCCAAUCUGCGAGCCUCCGAUCUCCAGAUCAACGAGCUCUUCAAGCGAUACACCCCCAACCCCCUGCUACUUAUUGUCGACAUCCAGCCUCAGGAAGUGGGUGUCCCCACCGAUGCCUACUUUGCCAUUGAGGACAUUAAGGACGACGGCAGCGCCACCGACAGAACGUUUGUGCACGUGCCGUCGUCCAUUGAGGCCGAGGAGGCCGAGGAGAUUGGUGUGGAGCAUCUGCUGCGAGAUGUGCGAGACGCCGCGGCCGGCAACCUGUCUGUGCGAAUCACCAACCAGCUUAUGUCCCUGCAAUCGCUCCACAAACGGCUUCACGAGAUUGCAAACUACCUGCAAAAGGUGGUCGAGGGCCAGUUGCCUCUGAACCAUGUGAUUCUUGGUAAGCUGCAGGAUGUGUUCAACCUGCUGCCCAACGUUUCUGUUUCGUCUUCUGACGACUCUCUCACCGACGCUGCUAAGACCACUGACGAGCGGGCCAAGGCCUUUGCUGUCAAGUCCAACGACGAGCUCAUGAUUGUCUACCUCUCCACUCUGGUCCGAGCCAUCAUUGCCUUCCACAACCUGAUCGAGAACAAGAUCGAGAACAAGGAGAACCUCAAGGAGGAGGAGGAUAAGGAGGAGACCAAGGAGGGAGACAAGGACAAGAAGAAGGAGUGA